AUGGAUGCUGAAAGGCCAGACUUCGUCCCAUCUGUUUUUACAUAUAAACAGCAGGCUAGCGUGCCAGUGCAAAAAAUCGAGAGGCUUGCAAGAAAAAGAAGAAGAGAAGCCCUGAAAAUGGAACAUAAUGGCCAUAGCUACACAAAUGAGGUUCUGGUUCCUGAUGAGGAGUCUGCUGACAUGGACCAUGUGCCACUACUACAUGACCCACGGACUAUUAUUCACACACUCACGAUGACUGCUGUUGUGGAAUCACAUGUGCAGAGUUCGGACGCAGAGCUCCACAGUGAUGAGGACUUGGAACAGUCUGAAGGAGGCAGUGACCUGGAGGAUUCAGAGGGCAGCGUUGCAGAAAGCCACGAUGGGGAUGGUGACGCAGGGAGCGAUGAAGAUGAGGGUGAAGCAGAGGCUGAGGACGCAGAGCUUGAAGAGGAGACCAGUGCAAAUGCCGGCUGGGCUGAUGCUAUGGCCAAAAUCCUUGGUAAAACUACAGCCAACAACCAGAGCACCAUCCUCCAGAAGAACAAAGACCUGCAGAAAGUGAAGGAGAAGCAGCGUGAGGAGCAGCUGGAGCACAGGAAACAGUUGGACAAAAAGCGGUCGUGGGAGAUGAUGUGUCGAGUGAGACCGGACAUUGUGAAGGACAAAGAGCCAGAGAAGGCGCUGCAGAGGAUCGCUACAAGAGGAGUGGUGCAGCUGUUCAACGCAGUCAAAAAACACCAGAAAACCAUAGACGAGAAAGUGAAAGAGGUGGGCGGGUCGGAACGCAAAAAGGCUAAGAUCUUAUCGUCUGUGUCAAAGAAAGACUUCAUCGACGUAUUGAGGAGGAAUGAAGAGACAACGCCAGGGAAAACCGUCAAGAAAGAGAGGACGGCUGCAGCUUGUGUGAAGCAAGAACAAGAAGCUCCAGCCUGGAGCGUGCUCAGAGAGGACUUUAUGUUAGGUGCCUCCAUGAAAGACUGGGAUAAAGAGAGCGAUGAAGAUGAGCCUGGCGACACGCCGGUACCGCUGCAAGAGGGCAGCGACUCAGACUGA